GGCCUGGGCGAACCUUGGAGGGGCGUCCCGCGAUCUAAACUCUAGGCUAGAUGACUGGACAAGCCCGCCCAGCUCUGCUGUGCAUGUGCUUUCUCUGCCAACCCGGCUGCCAGCAAGGCUACAGAAGCUUUUUCUGUUUCCCGAGCAUCCAUCUUCGCGGUGGAGGUUUGACGCUUCCCUGGAAGUCCAGAACUCCCACCAACGCUGACUUAUGUGAGCUUCCUGGAGUGUGCAGUCCUGAAGACAGGCUGGGCAGCCAGUGGCCUGGGGAUUUUGGAGUGAUCGCUAAUGAGUCAGGUGCUGGAGUCCCUGAGGAAAUUUGCCAGUGCAUCCUGGCUGAGUCUCAGCAUUUCUCAGCAGAACCCAUGGAGAAGAAGGAAGAGAACAACAUGAAGAGGAAGAAGGAGCAACUAAAGGAGCGCCUCAGUGCCUGGGACUCUCCCCAUGGCCUGGUUGGUUUACACAACAUUGGCCAGACCUGCUGUCUUAACUCCCUGAUUCAGGUAUUAAUUAUGAAUGUGGGCUUCAUCAAGAUAUUGAAGAGGAUAACAGUACCAAGGGGAACAGAAGAGCAGAGGAGAAGUGUCCCUUUCCAGUUGCUCUUACUACUGGAGAAGAUGCAGGACAGCCGGCAGAAAGCAGUGCAACCUAUGGAGCUUGCCUGCUGUCUCCAGAAGUACAAUGUUCCAAUGUUUGUCCAGCAUGAUGCUGCUCAACUCUACCUCACAGUCUGGAACCUAAUUAAGGACCAAAUCACAGAUGUGGACCUGGUAGAGAGGCUGCAGGCCCUGUAUACAAUCCGGGUGAAGGAGUCCUUGGUUUGCCUUGAAUGUACUGUGGAAAGGAGCAGAAACAGUAGCAUGUUGACCCUCCCCCUUCCUCUUUUUGAUAUGGACUCAAAACCCCUGAAAACACUGGAGGAUGCCCUUCGAUGUUUCUUCCAACCCAGGGAAUUAUCAGGCAAAAGCAAAUGUUUCUGUGAGAAAUGUGGGAAAAAGACUUGUGGGAAACAGGUCUUGAAGCUGACCCAUUUGCCCCAGACCUUGACAAUCCACCUCUUGCGGUUCUCCAUCAGGAAUUCUCAGACAGAAAAGAUUUGCCACUCACUCUAUUUCCCCCAGACCUUGGAUUUAAGUCAGGUCCUUGUGAUUGAAGAAGGCCUCUGUAAUGCUGAGGAACAGCUUGGAAGACAGUAUGAGCUCUUUGCUGUGAUUGCCCAUGUGGGGGCAGCUGACUUUGGUCAUUACUGUGCCUAUAUCCAGAAUUCUGUGGAUGGAAAAUGGUUCUGCUUCAACGAUUCCAAUGUUUCUUGGGUAUCCUGGGAAGACAUCCAGUGUACUUAUGGAAAUCAUAACUACCGCUGCAUAAUCCCCUCCAGUUGCAUCCCUGUCAAUACAAAUGGAGAGAAACUGCUUAUCUUCUGGUUUACAUGAAGAUUGAGUCCUAAUGGAUGUACUCUAAAACUUCAGAGACUGACAGAAUUUCAUUUUCCUCUCUAUCCCUGGAUCUGUUGACUCUUCCAUGAAAUUUUGCAGUGAGAAGCCUCGUUUUCAAAUUGUGUAAAUUGUUUAUAAUAAGGGGUAAUUUAACAGUAACUUUGCAGGGUUCUUGAUCAGUCAGAAUAGAUACUUCCACCUCUAGACCGUUGGCCAUAUGGCUGGGGAAGAGAGUGCUCCUUGCUGUGGAAGAUAUUAAUUCUUUAGUUAGGGUAGUGUGGGAGUCCAGAUGCUCCUAGGGGAGGAGAAACCAGGCUUACAAUGGCAGUGGGAGGCAUUCAGGGGGCAAAGGGCAAUGUUAGGGAGGUAUUUCAGUAUUUUACAGCUACUGUGACAGUACUGGUAUGUACUGGUAGAAUAUGAUUUUUGUUUAUAAUUUAAAACUAUUU